AUCUCAAAACAGGGGAGAAUAUGGCCCCUCAGCCUGGGCAACAGCCGUGUCAAUCUUUCUAGGUCAUAAGCACUUCUUUGAAUUGUACCCGGAAACGGGAAAUGCAGCCAGCCGUACUGUUGCAACCCGAGAGUUAUGUGCAAAGCCCCAGGUUUCUAAAUGCAAUGAGACAACAACACCUUCCUGGGUGCUGGAAUGUGGCCGGGCCAUUCGGAGGGAGAGACGUCAGCGGGGCCAACAAUAACAAGAAGAAGCUGGGCAACCGGGCAGUUCCUCCCUCUGACUCAUCGGCAGCCUCCUUUGAGGGCAUGCACAUCCUCUCCUUCUCUGCUGUUGACUCUUAUAGCUUUAUGGGGCUGCCCCACCUGGCAGGGAGGGAGAAGGGGAAGCACCGCAGUUCUGUCUUGUGACCGAAUGGGACACCCUUGGAUGCCCUUGGAGUUGUCCUUGGACCAAAGUAGGUGGUGCUCCUUGCGCUUGACCAGGGCUAUUGAGGGCUGCCCAGAUCCUAUGUGUUUGGGUCAAGGCAAGCAGCCAGAGCUUCCAAACAGAGCAAAAUGAGGCAUUCCAACACACAACACCUGGUUUCCAUUCCAGGCUUUCCUCCCCCAGGCCCAGACACCCACCGGCAAUGCGGCCUCCCAUUCCAUACCGCUCUUUUUUUCAGCAGGAAGCAACAGGCCCAAACACGACAAUGGAUGGGGGCUUGCCCACCUGCUGCCUCCCUUCUGAGGCCGACUCACCUGCCGCGGGUUGCCUCCCUCAUCUCUGCAGACAGACUGCCCCCCAUUGCCCAUGCGCUCUGCCCCAGGAGGUCCAAAGUGCCUCUGCACACUCCUCCCGGGCAAAGGAGUUGGAGCAGAGAGACCCCCGGCACCGCUCCGUCCACGUGUCACAGGCAAGGCCUUCCACCACCUUCUCCGGUGGGACGGGCCUGACCCCCUUGACGCCACCAAACAUGAGCGGCUCCUCUACGAAGUCCAGUACCGAAGGUACGGUGAAAACAGCCACUGGGCACCGGUGCCGAAUUGCGUGGGCAUCGCCCUUCCUUCCUGCGACCUCUCCGCCGAGACCCAGCAGCCUGGACAGCGCUACCACGUCCGGGUGCGAACCCUAGCAGGGUCCCAGGAGGCCUCCAAGUGGGUCCAGGCGCCCCCCUUCAAGCCAGAGGAAGCAACCCUGUGGCUGUCCGGCGUGAGCUUGACCCCUCGCAACGGCCUCAUCCACCUCUCCAUCCAGCUUCCCAUCAGCCCCUGGGGCAACAUCACCUAUGAAGACCUCCACCCCAAUGGCCGGCGGUUCCACGUCUAUAUCAGGACGGUGUCCCAUGGGGCUGAGGUGAGCCUGGGCCAGGUGGAGAACAGCACGGAGUUCGACCUGCAGGGCCUGAUGCCAGGCAAGGAGUACUGCGUCAGUGUGGAACCACGGCUCGCCUCCUCUGCAACGCCUGGCAUCCGGACGGAGGAGCAGUGCCUCUUCCUCUUGCCUCUGGAGGAAGGACACACCAGAACAACUCUCCUGCUGAGUCUGCCCCUUCUUGGUGCCUUGUUGGCCAGCUUGGGAUUGGCCCGGGCCUACAUUAAGAAGCCCACCAAGGCCUGGCCAGAGGUGCUGAGGUCCAUGCCGAAGAGCGAGUCUCCGCACUCACCAUUGGUCCUGCAGGUGGAGAGGGAGCCCACCUACCCACUUUCUCUCCUGGGCCCAAAGGGGCAGAGCAUCUCUGGCCAGGCUCAGCCUUGGGGUGCAGGGUCCGUGCCCCCCUUCUUGGCACCGGAGAAGCCCUGCCGGUCGGUGGCAUGGACUACAGAGGGGCUUCUGGCUUUCGGAAGCAGCCUCGCAGGCAGCAUUAACAGCAGCAUUGGAGGCAGCACCGACAGCGGGAUCUGCCUGCAGGACCCCUCGGGAAGCCUGUCCCAUGGGGUCGGCCAGUCAGAAGACUCCACAAGCGGCGUUUGGGAGGAAACAGAGGCACCAACAGCAGCACCCCAGGAAGGAGGUUUCUCUGGCUACCAGAAGCAGGCGGGACCCCCAGUUUGUUGUGGCACAGACGGAACCAAGUACCCUAAGGUCGCCAUGGCUAGCGGUUACUUGAAGCAGAGCUCCCUCCAUGGCCCCAGCACUGUGACCCCAGAGAAGGGACUCGGACAAAGCAGUAUUCCAGGCCGGCAGGACCCUGGACAUAUUAGUAUUCCCGGCAGCCCCCUGGGCAUCGAGCUUCUCUAAGCAGGUUCCCUCACCUCCCGUUGGCACACUCAAAAUACUGACACAUGCAUGGUGCUGCUGGUGCAUCUGGGAAGAUCUUUUCUGACCAACAAGAAGGAGUGACAAGGUUUGCAUAUGUAUGUAAACCAAACUUGUGCCAACUUGGGCCCUCCAAAGUUUUGGACUCCAAUCUCACAAUUCCUAACUGCCUCAGGCCCCUUCCUUUUCCCCCUCAACUGCUUAAGCGACUGAGGAGGGAAAAGGAAAGAGACUGAGGGUCCCGAUGGGGGAAAGGAAGGGGAUCGAGGCUGACGAGGAGGAAAUGGAAAGGGACUGAGGCUGCUGAAGGAGGAAAGGAAAGGGGCUGAGGGUGCCGAGGGGGGAAAGGAAAGGGACCGAGGGUGCCGAGGGGAAAAAGGAAAAGGGACUGAGGCUGCUGAGGGGGGAAAGGAAAGGGACUGAGGCUGCCGAGGGGGAAAUGGAAAGGGAUCUAGGCUGCCGAGGAGGAAAUGGAAAGGGACUGAGGCUGCCGAGGAGGAAAUGGAAAGGGACUGAAGCUGCGGAGGGAGGAAAGGAAAGGGACCGAGGCUGCUGAGGCAGAAAAGGAAAGGGACUGAGGCUGCUGAGGG